UGACCCAAAGAAUGGCGACUGGCAAAGUGAGCUUGAAGCUUGUGAUCAACAAGAGCAACCGAACGGUGCUCUUUGCUGAGGCAGGCAAAGAUUUUGUUGACUUCCUCUUCCAUAUCCUCGCAUUACCGGUCGGACAGGUGAUCCAGCUCCUCACGAAAACUGGGACGGUGGGCAGUUUAGGCAAUCUCUACGGCAGCGUCGAGAAGCUGCACGAUGUGUACAUCAAAUCUUCCAUGAAAGACGUUCUCUUGAAACCCAAAGCACCCGCCUUUGUCUCUGGACUCCCAUUUCUAUUGCCUGAUACUCUUCCGUCUUCAGAUUCAAGGCCGGAAAACUACUACAGGUGCUCCAAAACUUACUGUGGGGGUGGCUAUGUGGCCGAGGAACCUUCUCUAAAAUGUCCCGGGUGCGGCCUUAUGAUGAAAAAAGUAUGCAAACUUGUCAAAUCACCGGUUGCUGCUGCGGCAUCAGCAGCGAAAUGGAACGGUAAGGGCGGUUUGGUGCUAGGGGAGGUGACGUACAUGGUGAUGGACGAUCUGACGGUGAAGCCGACGUCGGCUAUUUCGAGCAUUACUAUGCUCAAGAAGUUCAACGUGGAGGAGAUUGGGCUUAUUGAGGAGAAGGUGGUCAGCUUGGGAACGGACGAGGGUAUAAAGCUGCUGAGGACUUCAUUUCACUCCGAGAAGGUUCUCACUGACGUCUUCCUCCGUGUGAAGCCCGAUGUCUUCGUCGGUGUGAAGCGAGAGAGAUCGUGA